AACUCGCUUGCAAAGUCAUCUAUUUUCUUUGUCCAAACUCCCCAGCUUAUUAUAAACUACGAAGCCCAUGGGGACAAGAGAUGUUAUAAAUCACUCACUCUACGGACUUCCUUCUUUGAGGGGGGGAGGGAAAGAGAGAACGAAAGAGAGCAGGCUAGAGCACUUCAACAAUGGAGAAGAACAUGGAAGAGCCCUUGUCAAGCCAAAGGGAAAUGACCCACCAGCACACUACCCCCAAACAUUCAAAGGGUGGUCUCAUUACCAUGCCAUUCAUUAUUGCAAAUGAGGCAUUUGAGAAGGUAGCAAGCUAUGGAUUGAUACCAAACAUGAUACUGUACCUGAUGAGAGAUUACAGCGUGGGAGUAGCGAAGGGGACCAGCAUCCUCUUCCUCUGGACUGCUGGUACUAAUUUCAUGCCAAUUUUGGGAGCUUUAAUCUCUGAUUCAUACUUAGGUCGCUUCCUCACCAUUGGCCUGGGUUCCAUCUCCAGUCUCUUGGGAAUGAUCCUACUGUGGUUAACAGCAAUGGUUCCCAAAGUUAGGCCUCCUCCCUGUGACAUAACAACUCAAAGCUGUAAAACCCCAACAACGGGCCAGAUGACUCUGCUGUUGUCCUCCUUCGCAUUGAUGUCCAUUGGAGCUGGUGGCGUUAGACCAUGUUCCAUAGCAUUUGGUGCUGACCAAUUGGACAACAAAUCUAACCCGAAAAAUGAAAGGGUCUUGGAGAGCUUCUUUGGCUGGUACUAUGCCUCGGCAGCUAUUUCUGUCUUGAUUUCUCUGACGGCUAUAGUUUAUAUUCAAGAUCAUCUUGGUUGGAAAUUAGGAUUUGGAGUUCCUGCAAUCCUUAUGUUCCUCUCUGCUUUGUUGUUCUUCUUUGCUUCUCCAUUUUAUGUAAAGCAAAAACCAAGUAAAAGCUUGUUCACUGGCUUUAUACAAGUGCCUGUCGUUGCUUACAAGAACAGAAAACUCGCAUUCCCGCCCAGAGACUCUGAUGGUUGGUACCAUCACAAGAGGGACUCAAAGUUUAUUGCGCCAACCACCAAACUAAGGUUCUUGAACAAGGCUUGCAUCAUCAGAAAUCCUGAACAAAUAGCCUCAGAUGGAUCGGCAUCAAAUCCGUGGAGUCUAUGCACAAUAGAGCAAGUUGAAGAACUCAAGGCGCUUCUUAAAGUCAUCCCAUUGUGGUCCACUGGGAUAAUGAUAUCCAUAAACAUUAGCCAAAGCACUUUUCAAUUGCUCCAAGCAAGUUCCAUGGACCGACACAUUUCUUCCAGCUUUCAAAUCCCAGCUGGCUCUUUCGGUAUGUUCACAAUCAUCUCUCUGGCAACAUGGGUUAUCCUCUAUGAUCGCGCUAUCCUUCCCUUGGCAUCUAAAAUAAAGGGCAAGCCAGUGCAGUUAGGUGCUAAACUAAGGAUGGGAAUUGGCCUAUUUCUCUCCUGCAUGGCCAUGGUAGUUUCCGCAAUAGUUGAGAGCAUUCGGCGAAGGAAAGCAAUCAGGGAAGGGUAUUUGAACAAUGCUCAUGCGGUAUUGAAUAUGUCUGCAAUGUGGCUUGUGCCGCAACAUUGCUUGAAUGGAUUGGCUGAAGCCUUCAACGCAAUAGGCCAAACAGAGUUUUAUUACUCGGAGUUCCCUAAGAGCAUGUCUAGUAUUGCAGCUGCUCUAUUCGGAUUAGGAAUGGCCGUGGCAAACUUAUUAGCAAGUGCUAUACUAAGCGCGGUUGAUAAGCUCACUUCAAGAGGGGGCAAAGAGAGCUGGGUUUCAGAUAACAUUAACAAGGGUCAUUAUGAUAACUACUACUGGCUUCUUGCCAUAAUGAGUUCUGUUAAUUUGCUAUAUUUUCUAGUAUGUAGCUGGGCUUACGGACCUUGUGUGGAGCGAGUAAUAAAGGUCAGUGAUGAGGGGAAUGGCUUUAAGGAGGAAGCAUUAUCUAAUAUAAGCGCUAUUGUUAAAGACGAAGUAUAAGGCUUCGAUCAUGGAGAUGAGUUAUCUCUGAAGUUUAGAACUGGCUUGAUUUGUUUUCAGUAUUGUUGGUGUGAUUGAAGUUAUGAAAUGUAUACAUACCUACAUGGUGUGAUAGUGGUUAGGAUAUAUUAUCAUUUUUGCAAUUAGCAUAAUAUAUAUAUUUCCUGUGUGUAAA